UUUUCAGUCUGUCAUUAACAGCCGGUAGUGGUGGUGUCGCGCAUUAUUUGUGUUAAUUAUUUGUUUUUAAUCCGCUUUGCAAAGUCUGCGUGGUAGUUUAUAAAUUAAAUAAAUAAUAAAGUAUACCAUACCAUACAUUUGCACUGAAAAGGAAACUGUGAACAUAAUCGUAUUAAUUAAUAAAAUAAAUAACACAUGUUUGGAAAAUUUUAAUGUUUGUUAACAUGUAAACAAAUGCGAUAAAAGAUGAAUCCAGGAAACAAAGAGAACAAAGACGGUGGGCAGCAGGCAUCUCCCGAGAGGAUGAACUAAUAUUGAGGACAGUUACUGAAGGAAUUAUGGCUAAGAAGAAGAGUUGUAGUACGCCGCAGGAGGUAUGGGAGCGCGUGUCGAUGUCGCUGGUGCACGGCGUGGAGGCGCUGUUCUACCGGCUGGGGCUGGCCGUGGCGCGCCGCCCGUGGCGCACGCUGGCGCUUGUCUGGCUCUUCAUCCUCGUCAGCGCCGCCGGCCUCAUGCGCUUCCACAUCGAGAAGAACCCCAUGAAGCUCUGGGUCCCCCCUGACUCGGACUUCUUCAAGGACACCAACUGGUACAUAGACACCUUCGGCAGCGGCCUCCGCUUCCAGAAAGUCCUCAUCACGGCUGACAACGUCCUCAACCCGACAGUGCUGGCCGCGGUCCACUCCAUCACCCAACAAGUGAACACUCUCUCAGUCACUCAGGGUGACAAAAACUAUACUAUCAAAGAUCUGUGCUACAAAGUUCCUGUUGUUAAUAUAGUUAAUUUUCUAGGCUCCAAUCCAAGUUCAAGUUCGGGUAAAAUUAGUUCAAAUGAGUCAGAGGUUGACUACUCUGACCCCACACUGUGGCUCAACCAUGACUUUUAUUGUGAUUUCUUGAAAAACUUUCCAUAUGUGUGCCUUCAAGAAAACAUUUUAGAUUUAUGGAAGAAUGAUUUAAAGGUAAUUUCAAAUCUGACUAACCAUGACAUAGUGACUAGUGUGAACACUGUGAAUGUGAACCCGGAAACCGGGCAUCCUGUGGAUUACAAGCAAAUGCUGGGGGGAGUGAAGUAUGGCGAGUCUGGGCAGAUAGUGUCUGCAGAGUCAGUGGUGCUGACGUGGCACACGGUGGUAAAUAUGUCCUCUGUAGACCUGAAUGAGGUGGGCAACCUGGUGGGAACUGAGGACUGGGUCUCCCUGCCCCUGGCCAAAUGGGAAAUUGAAUUCUUAGCUCUAUUGGAGAAACUGUCUCACAAUUCUAGUGAUAUUAAUGUAUAUUAUGAAGCUGGCAGAAGUUUCGGUGAUAUUAGUGGAAGUGCUAUGUUUAGUGAACUGGACAAGCUCUUUGCAGGUAUAUUUCUUAUGUUUAUCUAUAUUCAAUUUGCUAUGUCGCGAUGUAAUUGGCUGGAGAUCAGACUGACAUUGGGCAGUGUGGGUCUGUUAUCAGUGGGCAUGGCAUAUGUGAGUGCAGUCAGCUGGUGCUCAGCUUUUGGUGUGUCAUUUGGUCCGGUGCACUCCUCGCUGCCAUUCCUGUUGAUGGGGCUGGGAGUGGACGACAUGUUCGUGAUGAAGGCGUGCUGGGAGCAGCUCACUCCCGAGGAGAUGAAGAAGAGUGUCCCGGUGAAGGUGGGCCUCAUGCUGAAGCACGCUGGCGUCUCCAUUGUGAUCACUUCCUUCACUGACAUAGUGGCCUUGCUCAUUGGUGCUAUCACUAUUCUGCCCUCUCUACAGUCUUUCUGUAUCUAUGCAGCAGCUGGUGUCUUCUUUAUCUUUUGUUACACUGUCACGUUUUAUGUGGCUGUAUUCACUUUAGAUCUCAGAAGGAUAGAAUCUAAUAGAAAUGGUUUGCUUUUCUGCUAUAAACAUAAAAAGCCAGUCAAAAUGUCUACGAAGAAGUCAGUUCUUCAAGGAAUGUUUACGGCAUUUUACAGAAGAGUAGUUUUUACAACUCCAUUUAAAACCUUAGUAAUAUUAUUCACGAUAGUAAUGACAGGGUUUAGUAUAGAAGCAAUAUUCCGAUUGGAACAAAGAUUUGAUCCGAAGUGGUUUAUUCCGGAAGGGACGUACUAUGGGGACUAUCUUCAGCAAUAUGAUCACUAUUAUCCUAAUGAAGGUCACAUGGCUAUGGUCUUCUUGGGCGACAUGAAAUACAAGGAUGAGUUUCCGAAACUACACGACAUGGUGUUAGAGCUGGACAACCAAACCUACGUCCGCAACAUGUCCAGUUGGGUAGACGUCUUCCACAAAUACAUGUUGAAAAAUUACGAUAUAGAUGUCAGAAACACAAGCGCUCUCUCUGACGAAGAGUUCAAUAUGCACGUGUCGCGGUUCUUGUUCAGUCCUAUAGGGGGUCGAUUCCAACUGAGCUUUAAGUUCGAGAAGCCGUUCGAUUGUGGGUCUUCCUCCUCCAACAUCACGGCUUCCACCAUGAUGUUCAAGUUCCCGCGGUUCGCUGGACCCAACGAGUACAUCCCGGCUAUGAACAACGUCAAAGACAUAGUCAAGUCUACUGACUUGGAGUCUGGGCACGGGUACCGCAGCGUUUGGUCCAAGGUGUUCGCCAACUGGGUCACCGACGAGGUGAUAGCUGUGGAAGUCGAGAGAAACUUGGAGCUUGCCUUAUUAUGCGUUAUGGUGUGUACUAUCAUUUUGAUUACGAACUUGCAGAUGUGUUUUUGGAUAUUCUUGUGCGUGUUGUUGACGAUCGUGAAUGUGCUGGGCUGGAUGCAGCGCUGGGGCAUGACUGUGGACAUCGUGUGUUGCAUCGGGCUCGAGCUCGCUAUAGGUCUGUGCGUGGACUACGCGGCGCACGUGGGACACACGUUCUUGACCAUCUCUCAAGGCUCUCGCUCUGAAAGGUCCUUCCAGACAGUCACUACUAUUGGCACGGCAGUACUGCUGGGCGGUGGCUCCACAAUACUGUCGCUCUCGCUUCUCAGUAUGACGAAAGCAUACACCUUCCAGGCUUUCUUUAAAAUAUUCGCUCUCGUGAUAACUUUUGGUUUGUUUAAUGGGCUGGUGUUUCUGCCAGUGGUGUUGUCUUUGAUCGGCCCCGGUGCCUACAAGUCUAAGGAUACUGAACCUGAAAAUCCGUUUGAAGUAGAAGAGUUGAAUGAUAAAUCUAAGCAAUCGUUGAAGGGAAAUAGUGAUGAUAUUGAUUAGAGGAACCAAAAGUGCCUACUUAGAGUAUUUUUUGGCUAUGUGUAACGUGUACAAUGUUCACAAAAUAGGUAUGGGCCUAUUAUAUUAUUUUGUAUUACUUCAUAACUUCCUCGUAAUCUCUCAAUAAACAAAUGCUCAACGGAUUAAUAUUAGAGAUUAUUGGAAGUAAGUAGUUAAUUAAGUACUUACACCACCAACAAAGAAAAACAAUAUGCGGUGCAAUAAUAAUACGAAAUACAUAAUAGAUGUACCUACUGUUAUCCGUAUCGUUAUCAAUAAAUGAUUGAUGAGUAAUAUUAAUUGUGAGCAGCUGCACUAAAACCUAUAUUAUCCCACUAUACAUCUAUAUCUCUGAACUAAUACAGGGAAAGGCCUAAACUUUAAACUUAUAGGUAUACCGCUUUCCAACCCGUGUUAGCUUACAUGAACGAAAUACGAACGCGAAUGUGUUAAUAAAAUUUGUUGGAUUUAAACCGCGUGAUAUCUAAGUCGUUACAGUUAAACCGUAUCAAAGUUAUCAGAUUUUGACCUCAAGGGUUUUGAAUUGUAUUUCUUGAUUAGAUACUUCUACUUGCCUUUUAUUAUUGGUACAAAAAGGGUACAAAGUUCUAAAAUGUGUAUUUACAAAAAUGAUUCAUCCUUUGUCUUUGUUCAUGUUGAAGAGUCUAGAUACCUAGAUAAUGUACCUACCGUAUGUAAAUCAAAUGAACGCAUGUCAUUCUAAAUUGAUGUUCUUGUUUGUACCAUAUUAUUUAUACUUAAGUAAUUUUGUUUGUUUAUACAUGGUACUGGAGUGAUCCGUUGACAUUAUGUUAUCGGUAUUUAUAUCAUAAUUAAGUACCUACCUUGUGAAUAAUGUAAUUAAUGUCCAAUUUGUAUCGGAAUGUGUCAAUUUUCUAGAAUAUAUGUGUGAUUAUUGUUAUAUUAACAAAUGUGAUUAGGCUAUCUGAGAUCUACUACAUUUUGGGGAUGGAAAAGUUAGAAAGGUCUGGUAUCAUACCAUUGCAGCUAGAAUAAAACUGUAUUUUAAAUAAAGUUUAAACCAUGAGGUUUAUUUAAAAUUUACUUCACAGGAUGUUCAAUUAAUAAACCCAGCCCCAAUACGUGAUGUAUUGUAGAUGGUACCUACCUAAUAUCUAUGUCAUACUUUAUAGUGUAUCAAGUAAUAAAGAGGAAAGAUUUUUGAGUUAGUUAGUAAUGAAUUAAAUAAAAUGUACUGGGCCGAUUUUUAAUGUGCUAGUUACUAUUUAUCAUUAAAUUCCCAUGGGAAAGUCUUCAGACGCGAUGCGAAGCUCGCGCGGAAACAGUAGCUAGUUAUUUAGAUAAUAAUGUGCUAUUAGUUAACUGUAAGUACAAGUACCAAGGUACCUAAAUAAUGUAAUUGGAACUCGUUCUCUCUGAUAUUAAUAAUUUUAAAAUGUUAGUCCUAGUCAAAUUAACUUCUGUAAAUUAUGUUAAAAUGUUAAGCAAUAAAUAAGUAAGUUAGCAUAUUUGUAAGUCUUCCAGUGAGCUAAGCAUGAGAUUAAUAAACACGUAAUAACAUA